CAAUUUUUGUUUUGAGACGUCUGCUGGUGUGCAAAACCAAAACCAGGCAACUUUUAACAAUAUUACACGGGAAUCGGGGAAUAAAUCUAAUAAAUCACAUAAAUGUUGCAUCAGUUAAAAAAUGGAAGCUGCACUGUGCAAGAACUUUAUGCGCAAUGUGCAAAUCGUGUGCAAGUGAUUAAGAGUUUAAACGCUUACAUAAGAGUGACAGAUGAAGUUAGUCAAGUACAGCUUCAGGAAUCUACUACGAGAUAUUUGAAAGGAACAACCAGACCGAUGGAAGGAAUUCCAAUUGCUAUAAAAGAUAAUUUUUGCACAAAGAACAUUACAACUACAUGUGCUUCAAAAAUGUUGGAAAACUUUGUUCCAACUUACAAUGCAACUGUUGUUGAAAGAUUACUUGAUUCAGGAGCUAUAUUGAUGGGGAAAACAAAUUUGGAUGAAUUUGGAAUGGGAUCAGGAACAACUGAAAGCAUAUUUGGACCAACAAAAAAUAUUUGGGGGUCCAAUUUAAUUAGCAAGGCAAAUGUUAUUGAUAAUAAGGUAUCAGGAUCUCAAUCAGAUGAUUUUUGUAUUGCUGGUGGUAGCUCAGGUGGUAGUGCUGUUGCUGUUGCUGCUGGAUCAUGUUCAGUAGCUUUAGGGUCCGAUACUGGCGGCUCAGUUCGUAACCCUGCUAGUUAUUGCGGCGUCGUCGGAUUUAAACCGAGUUAUGGGUCCAUUUCUAGAUACGGCCUAAUUCCCUUGGUUAACUCCAUGGAUGUUCCAGGGAUUUUAGCACGCACCGUUGGCGAUUGUCGGUCUGUUUUUGAAGUUAUAAAAGGUUGUGAUCCCAAAGACUCAACGACACUCCAACGGCCGUUAAAUAAGAGUAAAACGAAAAGAAGCUCCAAUAAGUUCGAUAAAUUAUGUGUGGGGAUUCCAAAAGAAUUCUACUGCCCCGGAUUAUCAUCUGAAGUUAUUGACGCGUGGAAGGAUGUAGCUGAUCUGUUAGAAAACAGCGGAUUUCGUGUAAUUCAGGUGUCACUUCCUCACACUUCGUAUUCUAUUGCCUGCUAUUCUGUACUCAAUCCUUGUGAAGUAGCUUCGAAUAUGGCACGGUAUGAUGGACUACGAUAUGGCUAUCGUGCAACUGGAAAGGACUUGAACAGCACUGAAAGUCUUUACGCGGCCAAUCGAUCACAUGCCCUCAAUCAAAUUGUGCGCGGACGGAUUCUGGCAGGAAACUACUUCCUUUUAAAAGAGAAUUACGAUAAAUAUUUCGUGCAAGCUCUAAAGCUACGUAGAUUGAUUUAUGACGAUUACAUUAAAAUGUGGAGUACUGGUGUCGACAUACUGUUGACGCCCGUCACCUUGUCUGAUGCGCCAUUGUUUUCAGAAUUCACCGAAAAGGAUUCUCGUGCUCAAUCUGCAGAUCAAGAUUAUUGUACGCAACCUGCAAACAUGGCUGGAAUACCAGCAUUGAGCCUACCCGUCAGAUUAUCGAAGCGAAAUUUACCUCUAAGUCUUCAACUAAUGGCUCCUCAUUUCGACGAUGAAACGCUGCUAGACGUUGCUCAUCUGCUCGAAAAAGAACUAAAUUUUACCCAUCCAACAGUUAAAGUAGCAUAAGAUCAUGUUUCACUAGGUUAAAUAAAUUAUCAAUACAAUUUAUAAAGUCAGA